AUGAGUUCGUGGAGCAAGAGCUUUACCAGGCUCGUUAAUGGUAUAUCGCUUGUAGCGAAAGAGAUCUGUAAUCAGUCACCGGAGUUUCAGAGAGCGAGAAACGGAGAUCUCGAAGGGUUAAUCUCAUCCUCCGGGAAAAAAGUUUUGGUUGCCGCCACCGAUUUGGUCGGACUCACCUCUGGGAAGCUUCGUGAGCUCUCUAUUCGUCGAUCUAAGGAACCAUCCGUCGUAUACUUCGACGACGGUGACAAUAAGGAUAAUGGCGACGAAUCGAGAGACGUCGUGUCUGAGAUUAGAUCUGCUACCACCAAAUCCAGCUGCGUCGUAAGCGUUACUGCUGAUUCGAAAAUCCUGAGAAGCGAAAUUAGUGAGGAAGCUAGUAAUGUCAAUAGAGAAUCUGAGGCCAAGGUUGAGAUUAUCGGAGUUAGAGGUGAUGCAUCAUCUACGUCGGAGGUAGCUCCGGUGAAGAGACGGAGACCUAGAGAACGGAAAGUUCCAUCAACUCCAAUGGCAAGAGCUUAUGGGUUUUUCAAUCUUGGAGCUGCUCUUGCUUGGGGAGCUGUUAAAGAAUCUACUUAUAGGCUUGUAAAUGGAACACCAGUUACACAGGACAAUAAACCUGCGCUUUCGUCUAUAAUGUCUGAGGAAAAUGCAGAAAGAUUGGCUCUUGGAUUGUGUGAAAUGCGUGGAGCUGCACUUAAAGUAGGGCAAAUGUUGAGUAUACAGGACGAGAGUCUUGUUCCUGCUCCGAUCUUGAAUGCUCUGGAAUAUGUGCGCCAAGGUGCAGAUGUGAUGCCGAGGAGCCAACUUAAUCCGGUUUUGGAUGCGGAAUUAGGUCCAAAUUGGCAAUCGAAGUUGGCUAGUUUUGAUUAUGAACCGCUAGCAGCAGCGAGUAUUGGUCAGGUGCACCGAGCUGUUACUAAAGAUGGAUUAGAUGUCGCGAUGAAGAUUCAGUACCCUGGCGUUGCCAACAGUAUUGAAAGUGAUAUCGAAAAUGUCAGACGCUUAUUAAAUUAUACAAAUCUAAUUCCAAAGGGACUCUUUCUCGACAGAGCUGUUAAGGUUGCUAAAGAAGAGUUGGCACGAGAGUGUGACUAUGAAAUCGAAGCAAUCAGUCAAAAGCACUUUCGUGAAUUGCUUUCAGACACUCCAGGGUUUUACGUUCCUCGCGUGGUAGAUGAGGUUUCAAGCAAAAAAGUUCUAACCACAGAACUUAUUUCUGGGAUCCCCAUCGAUAAAGUGGCAUUGUUAGAUCAGAAAACACGAGAUUAUGUUGGGAGGAAGAUGCUCGAACUCACAUUGAAGGAACUCUUUGUCUUCCGCUUCAUGCAAACGGAUCCAAACUGGGGUAACUUCUUAUACAACGAAGCCACUAAAACAAUCAAUCUUAUCGAUUUUGGUGCAGCCCGCGAUUACCCCAGGAAAUUCGUUGAUGACUAUCUACGAAUGGUGAUGGCGUGCGCGGAUAAAGACAGUAAAGGAGUGAUUGAAAUGUCGAGGAGACUCGGGUUCUUAACCGGAGAUGAAUCAAACGUAAUGCUAGACGCUCAUGUCCAAGCCGGUUUCAUCGUAGGUCUACCUUUUGCAGAACCCGGUGGCUACGCAUUCCGAACCAACAACAUUACUUCUAGUAUCUCCAAUUUAGGAGCAACCAUGUUAAAACAUAGACUCACACCACCGCCUGACGAAGCUUAUAGCCUUCACCGAAAACUAUCCGGCGCUUUCUUGGCUUGUAUCAAGCUUGGAGCCACCGUACCUUGCCGUGAUCUCUUGCUCCAAGUUUACAAUAAGUAUCACUUCGAUGAUGAGCCACAAGAUUCAAGAUCAGUUUCUUCUUAG